AUCAUUUCACUUUCUCCACUAUCACUGUUUACACUUUUUUUUUUGUCUCUUCCACCAAAAUUUCAUUUUUUUUUUUCACUAAGUUAUUUUCUGGUUUUUCGUUAUGACGGAACGUUCUGAACAAGAAAAUGGAACGUUCCAGAAGGUUUUCCGCACAAUGGAAAACGACGAAGUCGUUUUUAGAAACGGCAAUGCAGUUCUCGUCGCUAAGCCACUCACCGUUGUUCGUGCCUUAACCAGCACCGGCGGCGCUCGCGUUCUUGCUACGCCGCCGUUUCUGAACCCUAACUCCGAUGAGUUUGAUUCUUGCAAAACUCCGAUGAUCGAAGUGAAAGACGAGCCUCAAGAAUUAGAAAAAGAAGUAAAAACUGUUUCCGUCGAUUCUCAAUCGGCGGCGGAGGAUGUGGUUUACGAGGAGCGGCGUUCGAUGUUGUCGUUUGACGAUUUUCUUAAAUCUACGAAUACGCAAGUUGCGUCUGUAGAUGAAUCAUUGAAAUCAUUGGAAAGUGCUGAUGUUGGUGUGGUUUGUGAGAUGCAAGAGUCGGUUAAGGUUGAAUCGGUAGAUGAAUCGCUGAAAUCAAUGGAAGUUGAACCACCGAUUCGAACAGUGGAAGAAGUUACCAAUGUUGAUGUGGCUUGUGAGACGCAGGAAUCGGUUAGGGUUGAACCGGUUAAAGAACCAACAACACUGGUUGAACCGGUUGGACCGGUUUGUGCAGAGAAGCAAGCAGUUAGCGAUGAUGAAGUUGAGGUAUUGAAGGUAGUGAAGGGGAAACAAGCUGUGAGUGAUGAUGUGAGGGUUUUGAAGGUGGUGAAGAAGGAAGUAGUGGAAGAGAAGAAGAUUCUGAUUCCGAAUCUCGAUGAUGGUGAUUUCCCUGUUGAGCCUGGCUGGUCAUUGCUGGGAAGCAAGGUUGAGACUGCCACUUCCAUGGCUAAAGGAGUGAGGAGAUUGGUGGAUAAUGAGAUUGUUUAUUUCAAUUUCCCUAAUCCACAAGCCUCUUACAAGUUUCAAUGGAUCGUUCGUGUCUCGACCAAACGUUCUGGAGUGGUUGGGAGAUUGCCAAUGGAAUGGGCAAAAUCUGUUAUUCCUCUUGUACAAUCAGGAAAUGUUAAGGUACGAGGCCGAUGCGUUGCUGCACCAGUUAAACUGGAAACAAUGCAAGAAAUCUAUAUUUUAGUUAGUUUUUAUGCUCACAACUCUUUAUUUGCUGAGUGUGUUGAUACCUCUUGGAGGUUAGAGGCUUGUGGUCACAUUAACUCUGCUGCUUAUCCACUCUUUACACUGUUAAAUAUGCUAGGAAUUGAGCCAUAUAGGAAGGCUGAUUUCACCCCUGAGGAAAUGAAGGCUCGGAAGCGGGUGCUUAAGCUUGAUUCAGAUGAAGCCUUGGUAUUUCCUGUUAAUAAGCGAAGAAAAGCUGCUGAGCCACUUCCACAGCCAAGUGAGGAUGAACAAGCUCUUUCAGAAUCAGCUUUGAAUAAACUUAUUGGAGCUGCAGAAGUCUUUGACCUGGAGGAGAAAGAAGCACCAAAGACCCUGAUGUGUAGUCUAAAGCCUUACCAGAGUCAAGCUUUGUAUUGGAUGACGGAAAUUGAGAAGGGAGGUGAUGAUGAAAAUGCUGAGAAAAAUUUACAUCCUUGCUGGUCAGCCUACAAUUUAUGCCAUGGAAAGAGAAUUUAUGUCAACAUAUUUACCGGAGAGGCGGCAAAGAAAUUUCCACAAGCAACACAGAUGGCAAGAGGAGGAAUUUUGGCGGAUGCAAUGGGACUUGGAAAGACUGUUAUGACAAUUGCUUUGAUUCUAAGUAAUACAGGCAGGAUGAAGUCAGAGGACAGUGAUGCAGAAAGCAUAUAUGACAACAUUUUCUCAACUAAGAGGAGGAAUGUUAACCCAUAUAAUGUAGAGGGUGGAACUCUAAUUGUUUGUCCCAUGGCGUUAUUGGGUCAGUGGAAGGAUGAACUUGAAACACAUUCAAAACCUGGCAGCAUAUCCAUAUUUGUUCAUUAUGGUGGGGGCAGAACCACCAAUCCUGAUUUGUUGUUAGAGUAUGAUGUUGUCUUGACUACUUAUGGUGUCCUAUCCGCUGCAUUUAAAAGUGAAGGAGAGAAUAGCAUCUACCAUAGGGUCAAGUGGUAUAGAGUGGUGCUAGAUGAAGCUCAUCAUAUAAAAUCCCAUAAAAGCCAGGUUGCUGCGGCUGCUAUUGCUCUGUCCUCACACUGCCGCUGGUGUCUAACUGGAACACCGCUUCAGAAUAGCUUAGAAGAUCUAUUCAGUCUCUUGUCUUUCUUGCGUGUUGAACCUUGGUGCAACUGGCAGUGGUGGACUAAGUUGAUUCAAAAGCCCUAUGAGCAGGGUGAUCAAAGAGCCCUGAAAUUGGUCAAGGGAAUUUUGAGGACAUUGAUGUUAAGAAGAACCAAGGAAACAAAGGAUAAAGAAGGAAGGCCUAUACUUGUCCUACCACCAACUGAUAUUCAAUUGAUUGAGUGUGAACAGUCAGAAUCUGAACGGGACUUCUAUGAUGCUCUCUUCCUGCGAUCUAAAGUCCAAUUUGAGCAGUAUGUUGCACAAGGAAAGGUUCUUAACCACUAUGCAAAUAUCCUUGACCUAUUAAUGCAGUUGAGACGGUGCUGCAACCAUCCAUUUUUGGUCAUGAGUGGAAGUGAUCCUGCGAAAUAUGCAGACUUGAGCAGACUUGCAAGAAAAUUCCUUGAAUCUCAUACUGAAUCAUCUGAUAUGUGCUGCGAAAGCGGUGCACAGCAAAAUGCCGAAUUGAACAAACUUGCUAGUCUUGCUUGUACAUUUCUACAGAAUUCUGAUUCUGCUUCACACUCUGUCCAAUCUCGUGGAUAUAUUGACGAGGUUUUAGGGCAUAUUCAAAAGGGUGAAACUGUAGAAUGCUCUAUAUGUAUGGAAUCACCAGAUGAUCCUGUUUUUACACCAUGUGCACAUCAAUUUUGUAGAGAAUGCCUAUUCAAUUGCUGGGGUACCUCAAUGGGUGGUAAAUGUCCAAUCUGUCGUCAAUCACUAAAGAAAAGUGAUCUUAUUGCACUUCCAACAGAAAGCCCAUUCAAGGUUGAUAUUGAGAACAAUUUGACCGAGUCUUCAAAGCUUUCAAAGCUCUUCGAUUUCUUAGAAAAAAUUCAGAAGUAUUCUGAUGAAAAAAGUAUUGUUUUUAGUCAAUGGACCUCAUUUUUCAAUCUGUUGGAGAAUCCAUUAAGGAGGAGAGGGAUAGGAUUCUUAAGAUUUGAUGGAAAAUUGACUCAGAAGCAGAGAGAAAGCGUUCUGAAAGAAUUUAACAACACAAAAGAGAAAAGGGUUUUGUUGAUGUCACUAAAAGCUGGUGGUGUGGGCUUGAACUUGACUGCAGCCUCAAAUGUUUUCCUUAUGGAUCCAUGGUGGAAUCCUGCAGUUGAGGAGCAAGCAAUAAUGAGGAUUCAUCGUAUCGGGCAAAAGCGAAAGGUUACUGUAAGAAGAUUCAUUGUGAAGGGCACAGUGGAAGAUCGGUUGCAACAAGUGCAAGCCAAGAAACAAAAGAUGAUAUCUGGUGCACUCACUGAUGAUGAAGUUAGGACUUCUAGGAUUCAAGACCUCAAAAUGCUAUUCUCAUAGGAUAAUUUAUCAUGAACCUGAUCUCUUAUUUAGUUUUUUUUUUUAAGUUAUUUACUGAAGUCUUAUUUAGUCUUUUAGAUCUAGAAUGAAGCUUAUUUUGUAUAGGUGGUAGCAUCGUUUCUAACCUAAUGGCUUCGUUAUAUUUCGAGUGCUCACCUUUUUUAUGUUAUGGUGUGUGUCCAAACUCUAGAGAAAAUCAAAGCACACUGUUUUGUAAAUUUUGCGGCAUUAGCGGUUGAAGUAAAAGCCGGUACUUUUGCUUGGUUUUGUAAAUGAUGAAGCCUGUCGUUAAUGAAUCAUCACUGUUUUUUCUAUCAAA